AAGAGAUUAGCGGAUGAAAUCUGGAAUGGCUUAGAGCUUGCAGUAAUGGAAAUCACCAUCAAAACUUAGGCUGAAAGUGUGUGUGUGUGUGUGAAUGUUGCUCAAAAACAAAUCUCAGACUGUGAUUAGAAAAUUCCAUGCGCUUGGAAAAAAGACGAGACAGUGCAAUUGAAACGAUUAAAGCGAUAGAACAUGGAUUACGCCAACAAGCGAUGGUGGUCAGUAGUGUUGAUUGUGGCUACAAUAGCAGCAACACAAACCUGGGAGACCAGUGCCGGUCAUCCAGGCUUUAUACGCGAUGAGGAAGGUUCACGUCGCAUUAUAAGCCAGUUUUACAACUAUGUGGAUGUCAUUACCGGUCUCAAGUUGGACAACAUGCUGAAAUUGACCCAAGUCUUUGUGCAACAAUUGCUAGACUCCAUACCGGGCCAUGAUCGUGGCAAUACUGCCCAGAUGCUCGAAGACUAUAUUUCCAAUGUGGAAAAUAUACGCGAGGAUGGUGGCAGUAUUGAGGAAAAGGAGCUCAUGCUAAUGGAAUUGCAACAGCUGAUUGCCACCAUCAAGUCCGGUUUGGCCCAAGAGGAAAAAGAGGAUAUUAUCUUGCGUCGAGGCCUUUUGGGCAUGUUCGAGCUAUUGGCUCGCCUCUCCAUUGAAGAGCGAAAAUUCAAUGAUAAAUUCGCCAAAGCUGCCACUCUGCUGCGUCUACGCAUGGCCGAGGAGAGUGUGGAACGCCAUCGAGAACUCAUCGAUUUACUACAGGCCAUCGACUCGGAACAAGACAUCGUUGUAAGGGAGAGACUUUUUGAAAAAUUUAAGCAGAUACGCCACUAUCACACAUCACAAUAAUUUCGGAAGAAGUAGAAGACUAAGAGUCUAUACUAUUUGUUUAUUUUACUCUACAAUCACCUGGGAGCGGCUUUUUGUUAGUUAAGUGCUUUUCAAUGUUACCACUGAGUGCAAUAAUUAGAUGAAGUGAUUUGAAUCGAACUAGCUAAAUAAAAACAAGUGUUUUAAUUAAGUCCCCCAUUUAGCGGAUGAUCUAAUCGCUCAGAUUCAAAUUGAAAGUAUAACACACAUGUACACUCCAGUGAAGACUUAAAGUGCUUAAAAGCUUGAGAUUUUUCUUAUCAAAAACUGCAAUUAAAAAUUGAAAAAAAGAAUUAAAUGUAAAUAAAUAUAUUAAUUAAAUUAAAAAGCUUUAAACCCUCUAA